UUAUUGAAGAUGAAUGGAUGGACCCUCUUCAUCAAAUUGCUGGCACUCGCAACUUUCUUUGGUCCCAUGCCGGGUUAUUUAGAAGUCACACUCAAUAAAAAUGGACGCACAGUGAAUCAGCAAUGUGUUGGGUGCUUUGCCACAAUUUUCAACAAAAACAAGGUUUGAGUACUGUAAUAAUAUUUGAAUGUUUUGAAUAACAUUGUCAGCGAGGUAUUCAUUUAACAAUAUUGAUGUUAUUGUGCUUUGCAUUGGUGUAAUGUUUUGGUCGCCACUGUCUUGCAGUACAGUUUUACAGCACUGUAGUCAAACUAUUAAACAUACUGUUAUACUACCUCUCUGACAAUUCACUCAAACAGAAUAAUCACAACAUAAACUAUAGACAAUAUGAGGAUGUCCACUGGGAUACAUUAUGGUUGUCUGUGACCCCGAAUGUGAAGUUAUCAGCUGUACAGAACAAGAAGAACCAAAAAGAGCAUUAAUGCUAAAAUAAUAUGGUAAAAUAAGAGUAGCACAGUACUUGUAGCAUUAAUGGAGGCAUAUGUUGCUAGGCCUUGAGUAAAUACUGUAUGCUUUAUAGUACAGGUCCACAGACACAAGCAUAUCCCUCAUUUAACUGAAUAUAGGCCAGAAACUUCCACAAAAUGUUGAAAAAAGAGGAGCCUUGAAAGUUUUUCCUCUUACAAGCGCUUAAUUGGCUUUUAAUAUCCAGUAUAGUUGCAAAAGGGCCUGCGGUAACAACCGCUAAUUAACAUCUUUAUUUUCAGUCUCUUUGUCACCGUGCUUUCACAGCAGAUGGGAAUAAGACUGAAACAUGGCCUAAAGUUAACAUGUGUUAAAAACAGGAAAUCCCACAGCUGUUUUCGUUUUCACAGUUUACCUGACUCUAAACACAGCAUUUCAGGAUUACAUAAAUAAGUUAGGAGGUCAAUGAAAUGUGUGCCGACUCUUCUCUUAACAAGCUGUCAAAGUAAAAGUGGGAUAGAUGCUUCCCGCUAAACUUGGUGACCUUGUUUUAUUAAGUUUAGGGAGGGACAGUAUCUAGCGAUUGUCUCCCUAAACAACAUGUAGGCGAUAUUAGCCCCGUGGAGAGAUUUGUGCUGCUUUUGCUUAAUGAAGCAAGAUCAAACAUGCUUAAUGUGCCUUAGUAGGAUGGAGAAGAUUGAGAUAAAGAAACACAGGUUUAAUAGUGACUCAUCGUCUCUGCUUUCUCAUGUUUUUCCUGGAGCUGUAAACGCCUCCAAGCUUGGGGGCCGCAUUAAAUCACCAAAUUCAGUGCGGGAGAAACUUAAUCUGGAUUGGUUUUAUUAAUAGAAUUAUCCCCUGGGCCAAGUCACUUUGAAGUGGUUUAAUUAAAACCCUUUUCCUCUUUCUCGAGUUAAUUAAGACUGAAGACGUAGCCUCGUGAUGUGUGUUGCUCCAGCUUGAGCGAGGUGAAACCGUCAGUGGCGCAGCAGCAGCGAUGUGCAAAAGUGCUUUCCCGAUGUUUUACUGAGCCUUCACAGCUCCAAGGUGCCAGAUUGGAUCCAGUGCCGGCAAUGCCUCAACGUGCCUUUUGAUUGCCCGAGGAUCUCUCCCUGGAGGAGAGAGAUGAGCUCUGCAACAUCCGGCGCAGGAAGAGGGAGCUGCUCGACGACAUUGAGAGGUUGAAGUUCGAGAUUGCAGAGGUCAUGACAGAAAUUGAGCAGCUGACGUGCGUUGGUGAGAGUAAAACAUCCCAGAGAAACAAGCAGAUCGCAAUGGGCAGAAAGAAAUUCAACAUGGAUCCUAAAAAGGGCAUCCAGUUCCUGCUGGAGAACGACCUCCUUCAGCACACUCCAGAAGACAUCGCCCAGUUCCUCUAUAAAGGCGAGGGUCUCAACAAGACCGUCAUCGGGGACUACCUAGGCGAGCGGGAUGACUUUAACAUCAAGGUGCUCCAGGCUUUUGUGGAGCUGCAUGAGUUUGCAGACCUCAACCUCGUCCAGGCGCUACGGCAGUUCCUGUGGAGUUUCCGUUUGCCGGGUGAAGCUCAGAAGAUCGACCGCAUGAUGGAGGCCUUUGCGUCACGCUAUUGCCAGUGCAACCCCGGGGUCUUCCAGUCCACAGACACUUGCUACGUGCUGUCAUUCGCUAUCAUCAUGCUAAACACCAGCCUGCAUAACCCCAAUGUCAGAGACAAGCCCCCCGUGGAGCGUUUUAUCUCCAUGAACAGAGGCAUCAACGAAGGAGGAGAUCUUCCAGAGGAGCUUCUCAGGAACCUCUACGACAGCAUCAAAAACGAGCCAUUUAAAAUCCCGGAGGAUGACGGGAAUGAUCUGACGCACACGUUCUUCAACCCCGACAGAGAAGGCUGGCUUUUAAAGCUUGGCGGCAGGGUGAAGACGUGGAAGAGGAGGUGGUUUAUACUGACCGACAACUGCCUGUAUUACUUUGAAUACACAACUGAUAAAGAGCCACGUGGGAUUAUCCCCCUGGAGAACCUCAGUAUCCGAGAGGUGGAUGAGCCUAGAAAACCUAACUGCUUUGAGCUCUACAACCCCAACCACAAAGGUCAAGUGAUCAAGGCCUGCAAAACUGAAGCGGACGGGCGGGUCGUGGAGGGCAACCACGUCGUUUACAGGAUAUCGGCCCCCACACCGGAGGAAAAGGAGGAAUGGAUCAAAUCAAUCAAAGCCAGCAUCAGCAGGGAUCCUUUCUACGACAUGUUGGCCACCAGGAAGAGGAGGAUUGCCAACAAGAAAUAACCAAAGACCUCCAGCUGUAACAGAUCUCCAUUUGCAUCACUGCCACUGACAUCUGCUGUGUGUUGAGUGACUUUCCUACGUGGGAACUCCUUAAAACUACUCACCUGUGCACAAGUUUACCAGCAAAAGAUGAGCGGAAUGAGGAUGGAACUAGACUUUUUUUGCAGUUAAUGUGCGGAUGGCGCCUGUUGGACUUAUGAGGAACUACGCGUAAUGGCGCCCUCUGCUGGGCUCAUAAUGAACUACGACUAUGAUCCUGUGAGAUGCCUCAAUCAAAGUAAUCAGCUGGUCUGAUUUGUAUGCAAAACGCACCGAUUUUUUUUUAAUUUACGCCUAAUAUUUCAUGAUAUUGUUGGAAAACUGGUUAGCGACUUAACUAAUUUGCACCUUCUAAAGUAUCAAUUCCCAUCAAAGUUGUAAACAUUUUAUGAAGCUCCACCUUUUUGUGACAAUUUUAUGGUAAUUUAUUUUGGUUUUAACAAAAUCACCAAUUUACAGUCUGCAUGAAAAUGAUGUACAUAGUGUUUUUUCCCCUCUUUUACGUAGCUUGUAAAUCCUUCUAUGGUCAUGAUAGGACCAUAGAUUAUAAUACACCGUUAAUUCACUUUCACAAUCAGAGGCCCAAAUGCCUCCAAAUACAUGUGGUAUCCCUAAAGUUAUUUUUAGCAGGUGAAUACAGAUGCAAACAUGACGAUGGGGUCGAAACCAAAACAAUCUGAAAUGAUCUGACUGCUCUCGGCAGUUCUUUGGUUAUUUCAAAAGUCAUGUAAUUUUUCUUCUUC